AUGGAUGAUCCAAAAUCACAAAUUACAUCUCUCAUCCACACCCUCUGUUCCGGGGCUCCCUCUGCCCAGCAAGAAGCUUUGGAAGAGUAUUUUACCCCUGACGCGUCGUUUUCGCAUCCGCUGUGCUCGGUACCUUCUUUCUCUUCUGUUCGAUUGCCAGUGGCUGGAGAGGUCAAUAGUAGAUGGGUGUUGGGGUGUGUGUAUAAAUGGUAUAAGGUGUUAAGUCCAAGGGUUGUAGUGGGGGUGGAUGGAGUUGAAUAUAACCCUGAAACGCAAACUCUCUUUCUCCAACUACAUCAACAAUUCCACCUCUUCUUCCUUCCAUUUUUUUAUCCAACAGUAUACCUAACCACAAUCCUUUAUCUUGCCCCCACCAAGAAAUCUUCCGAAGACAACUCCUCAGCAUCCGAUACCAAAUAUCUUAUAAAGCACCAAGAAGACCUCUAUCAAUCCGCAGAACUCGUGAAGUUUUUCUGGCCGGGAGGAACACAGAUUAUUAGCUUUUGGAGAUUGAUUGCGACAUUGUUUUGUAUACUUGGGGCAAUGAUAUUUGCGCCGAUGACGUGGAUGGAGGAGUGGGGAUGGUUUGGCAAUGGGAAGGAUGUAAAGAGAGGCGAAAAGAAAAAUGUAGAUGAACACGAGACAGGAGGUCGCGAGACUAAUGGGGUGAAUGUGGGUCCGGGGGAAGUAUAG